AUGACGAGCAAAGUCAGAGUUCUCUUGAACCCCAAGUACAAGCGCAACGGUACCAAAUCAUACGUCCACCUUCUCCGUAAGUAUGGAUUCGACACCACCCUCGAUGGCCCAUACUUUCACGUAUCCCAUGUCCACCAGCAAGGCAAAUUCACCACUGCCGGCCAGAAGACCGUUGGUGGUCGUGUCCGCAUCCACCGGACCUUGCAGAAGAAAGUAAACGGCCAGGCAGGCGAUGUUCCCGCGGACGAUGUUCAGAAUGAUACCAUGUACCUUGCUCAAGUCGGCAUUGGUACUCCAGCUCAGACCUUGAAGCUGGACUUUGAUUCUGGCUCCGCAGAUUUGUGGGUAUGGUCCACUGAGUUGCCCUCGAGCACCCAGUCCUCUGGAUCAGGUCACACAAUCUUCGACCCAUCCAAGUCGAGCUCCUGGAACUCUUCAUCUGGGCAGAAGUGGCAGAUCUCCUACGGGGAUGGCUCUUCAGCUUCUGGUGAUGUCGGUACUGAUACUCUCAACCUCGGCGGCAUUGAGGUCAAGAACCAAGCUAUUGAGAUAGCCAAGAACUUGUCUUCUCAAUUCCAACAAUCAGAGGGAGAUGGUCUUCUCGGCUUGGCUUGGGGCAGCAUCAAUACCGUCCAGCCUCAAGCUGUUCAGACACCAAUGCAAAACUUGAUCUCCCAGAACCUGCUCCCAUCAAAUGCACAGCUAUUCACAGCUCAUCUCGGUGAGGCCACUGCCAAGACCGACAACACCUUCUACACAUUUGGCUACAUUGACCAGGAUACUCUCAACGCCACCGGUAACCAGAUCGCCUACGCCGAUGUCGACAACAACCAGGGCUUUUGGACCUUCCAGUCGACAUCUGCUACUGUGAACGGCAAGACUAUUAACCGCUCUGCCAAUACCGCUAUUGCUGACACUGGUACCACUUUGGCCCUUAUUGACGAUAACACCCUCAAGACAAUUUACGAUGCCAUCCCAGGCUCCAAGUAUGACAGCACCCAGCAAGGAUACAUUUUCCCAAGUAACACCCCCACUGAUAAGCUUCCUACUGUUACUUUUGCUGUUGGUGGCUCCCAGAUUGCUGUUCACAAAUCGGCGCUCGGUUUCGCCGACGCCGGUAACGGUUACGUCUAUGGUGGUAUUCAGUCUCGUGGCACCAACCCAUUUGAUAUUCUAGGUGACACCUGGUUGAAGGGCCUUUAUGCGGUCUUCGACGUUGGUAACACCCGCUUCGGUGCUGCUGCAAAGGCCGAUCCUGAUGCUUCUUCAUCCUCCUCCUCCUCCUCCUCUUCUUGA